AAGCCUGCUGUGCCAACUAAAACUCAACAGCAACAAACCAAAAGCACUUUUCUCAAUAACCUUUUUCUCAACAAAACACAUCAGCCAUGAAGUUCACUGCGCUUGCGACCCUCUUCCUCGCUACUAUCUCUCCGCUAGCGAGCGCCUAUCCUGUCCAGAAGGCUGAUACCGUCAACUGCCGCUCCAGCCCCAGCACCUCGGGCAAGGUGGUCAAGACCUACAAGAAGGAUGCUGACGUAAAGAUCACCUGCCAGGUCUCGGGACAGAACAUCCAGGGCAACUCGCUGUGGGACAAGACCCAGGAUGGCUGCUAUGUUGCUGACUACUACAUCAAGACUGGCAAGAACGGCUAUGUUGCCGAGCAGUGCAGCGGCGGUGGUUCAUCUGGUGGUGGCGGCAGCAGCGGCGGUGGCAGCUCUGGGUCGGCUGGACCUAUGACCAACGACUACCCGUACAAGAGCAACUGCGGUCCUGUCGAUAAGUGGAACUACUUCAAGUGCCAGUGCACAUCGUUUGCUGCCUGGCGCAUCAACUCGCGCCUGGGAAUCAACUUCCACAACCGCUACAAGGGCAAGGCAUGGGGAAAUGCCAACCAGUGGGACGAUGCAGCGCGUGCCUCGGGUGUCAAGGUCGACGGUACUCCGACUCCUGGUUCCAUUGCGCAGACCAACCAGGGCGGCGGCGGCUUUGGGCAUGUUGCUUGGGUCGCUAAGGUGUCGGGCAACAAUGUUGUGAUUGAGGAGUACAACUACCGUGUCCGCAGGGGCUACGGGACGCGUACUGUUCCCAAGAGUGCCUUCAACUAUAUCCACCUCAAGAACUAAAAUUUCCUUAUAUUUCUCUUUCUGUAAGAUAUUUUACAAUCACAGCCCAUUUCACAC